AAUUGGGCUAAUUGCUAGUCUACAUUACUACGUGUUUCACGAUUUAGUAUAUGUCCUACAGACGCAGGGCAUGACUUAGUUUUUAAGAGAGAAAUAUGAUGCCCUAUAUCUUCAACAUGCUUAUCGUGCAUUGAGGGAUGAUUCGGCUACUUGCAUUUUUUUGCCCUGAAGUAAGUGGCCUUUACAGAUAAAAACAACUUCUCUUUAGGGAGGAUGAAGACAACGAAUUAGCACUUGGAGCGGAUUUACAGCUUUACUAAAGAAAUCAAUAAUCUAUUGGAGGUAUUGUUUCCAGCGAAAACUACUCGACACUCUCAUCGGGGAACCGGUCUUUCAGAGAAUCAGGGAUAUCCCCUUCGUCUCCGCACAAGAUCACUGGAACACUAUUUUUUCAUUUUACUACAAAACCCUCACGAGAGACUGAAGUACGUUUCUUCUCUUUCUGUGGUGCGGAGAAAUAUUUUCUCGAGGACUUUGAAACAGACACAGGAUGCCUCAAAAAGAAUACCACAACCAAGCUGCGUGGGAGUCUGGCGUUGCUUCGAUGAUGCAGAACAGACAAGAGGUGUAUGACAUCUGUGAUGAAGGUCACAGUGGUGUGAACCAGCUCGGCGGUGUGUUCGUUAACGGUAGACCGCUACCGGAUUCCACCAGGCAGAAAAUUGUCGAACUUGCACACAGUGGCGCGCGCCCGUGCGACAUCUCAAGGAUUUUGCAGAACCAUGCUGAUGCAAAAGUCCAAGUGCUGGACAAUGAAAACGUAUCGAACGGGUGCGUGAGUAAGAUUCUGGGAAGGUACUAUGAAACCGGCUCCAUAAGACCGCGAGCAAUCGGAGGAAGCAAACCCAGGGUCGCCACACCAGAGGUGGUUGGGAAGAUCGCGCAGUACAAGAGAGAGUGCCCAUCCAUCUUCGCGUGGGAGAUCCGCGACAGGCUCCUAUCAGAAGGAGUCUGCACCAACGACAACAUCCCCAGUGUGUCAUCGAUAAACAGAGUCCUUCGCAACCUGGCUAGUGAGAAGCAGCAGAUGGGUGCAGAUGGGAUGUAUGACAAACUGAGAAUGCUUAACGGUCAGACAGGAAGCUGGGGCACACGGCCCGGCUGGUACCCUGGAACCUCAGUACCAGGACAGCCCAACCCAGAUGGUUGCCAGCAACAGGACGGAGCUGGAGAAAACACCAACUCUAUCAGCUCCAACGGAGAGGAUUCAGACGAGACGCAGAUGCGACUGCAGCUCAAGAGAAAGCUACAGAGAAACCGCACUUCAUUCACUCAAGAGCAGAUUGAAGCACUGGAAAAAGAAUUCGAAAGAACUCAUUAUCCUGACGUCUUCGCGAGAGAAAGACUAGCAGCGAAAAUCGAUCUGCCGGAAGCAAGAAUACAGGUAUGGUUCUCCAACAGACGAGCAAAGUGGAGGCGCGAGGAGAAACUGCGGAACCAGCGUCGGCAGGCCAGCAACUCCUCGAGCCACAUUCCCAUUAGCAGCAGCUUCAGUACCAGCGUGUACCAGACUAUGCCCCAACCCACCACACCUGUGUCGUUCACGUCAGGGUCGAUGCUGGGCAGACCAGACACGGCUCUCACCAACACAUACAGCGCUCUGCCUCCCAUGCCCAGCUUCACCAUGGGCAACAACCUACCUAUGCAACCCAGCCAGACCUCUUCAUACUCCUGCAUGCUGCCCACCAGCCAGCCUAUCAACGGGCGCAGCUACGACACUUACACACCCCCUCAUAUGCAAGCACAUAUGAACAGCCAAUCAAUGACCACUUCUGGUACCACCUCAACAGGACUCAUCUCUCCUGGAGUGUCUGUCCCAGUGCAGGUCCCAGGGGCCGACCCUGACAUGUCUCAGUACUGGUCAAGACUUCAGUAGAGAGAAGAGCUACUUCACCCUCUAACUGCCCCCACCUCCCACCUCCCCCCUCCCCCCCCCCACGCCAUCGCCACACCCCUUUGGAGGUUCCCCGCACGAGGAGCAGAGACGAGGAGAAGAGAGAGACUCUGGGUGAGCCCUGGGCCUUCUAGGUCUGUGUUCCCCUGCUGGGAGACUGUUCUGUGGCUCCAGGAGAACAGGCCCUGGGACAGGCCGGACAGAACAGCCGAGAAGGACGGAAAGAAACAAGAGAAAUAAAUGGACCUCUGUAUAGAAGUGCCCGGUGUUCAAUCUUCAUGGAACAAAAACUUAUUUCCCUUUUUUUUCAUUUUUUUUUUUCAUCCAUUUCCAACUCUCCAAGUCGAUGCUCCUUUUUUUCUUCUCUGGUGUGUUUUGUAAAUGGCCAUUUGUAUGUUAACAUGAAAAACCAAGAUCAAGGACUGCUAGAGAACCGUGUUGGUCUUGCGUUUAUUUGAGAAAAGAGAGAUCCUGAGAGGUUCUGCCAUGACAAUUCCCCCCCAGCCCCCCCCCAUUUUUUCUCAUAUCGAGACCAGACUUCUUACCAGACUUUUUGCAUGGUCAGCGGAUCUCUGGCUAAACUUUUGCAUAUCAUUUAAAGAGGAGAAGCUGGGGGAAGAUUCUUACCGUGUUUAAAAUCUAUUUAUUGGUCAAAUCCCUGCAACAUGGACGUUGGUGGAGGAGGCACAGACUCCAUCUACCCCCUCUGUGGUGCUUGAUGUUUCCUGGGCAUCAGGAGCCGAAUGGGCCUAGACCUGGGUCUGGGUCUGGGCCUAGACCUGGGUCUGCUCUGGGCCUAGACCUGGGUCUGGUCUGGGGGUGG